UUAAACGCAACGCGAAUUUUCCUGUAUAAAGUUACUUUUGCAUAUAGUAGGUAACAGAAAAAUAAAUAACUUUACAACUUGAUGAUCAACACCUGUAUGUAUGAAAUUUCUGUUGGUGUACAUUUCAGUACAACUAGUAGUUUCCAUUCAUAACCUUACAAUGUCGAUGUUGAUCUGGGCUGUAACGCCUUGGUCCAUGUGGUUUUCAGGAGAACUGCCUUCUACUUAAGGGUGGUAUCUGAAUGCAGGUUCACAUGUAGUUACAACCGAGAAAAUCAACACUAACAUAUCUGCUGCUGUCAAAACCUUCCAUCUCAUAACCUAAAAACUUUGUGCUGUGUCAGUGCUGUAAUUUUUAAAAUGAAAAGACUUUUAUCCACAUCUAUAGACAUAUAUAAUACAUUAUUAUACCAUAUUUCACAAAUAGAGCUGCACGUGUUUAUUAAUUAUUGCAGUGAAGUGGAAAAGUUGUUAUUGCUGACAUGCAGUUGUCACAUUGCCUUCCAUUUUUUGCAACAACUAUUCAAAGUUUUAAACGUUGAUUAUUGUGCCAUAUUUUACGGAAGCAUUGCAUAACAUGUUGUUUUCACUUCAGAAGUGUGCACAAUUGCAUGGUUGUUUUGAUAAGAGAAGAUGCAGUACAGUGGUACGACAUACCAAAUUUAAAUAAAAUAUGUUAGUAAGUCAUACAGUUAUCAUGCACAGCUGGCUCUCACUUGUAUGCUACAUUCACUUAAUGAGGCAUGUAUUCCGUGGACCUAAUGCCAGAAGGCUAAGUACAGUGGAAUAAUUUGUGUAGUCACAAGGGAAUCAUUGUGCCAGAGACAUGUUCUACAUCCUUUGGUUGAGUCCUAAGAAGGAUCUGUGGAAUGUAAAUAAACUCUACUCUACUCUACUCUAAAGGAAAUAGAAUGCAACUUUAGUAUUUGAAAGAUGAAAGUGAAUACUAAAUAGAAAACUGGAAGAAGGAGUAUCUGCUGUAUUAGCUUCAGGGAGCUUCUUUAUAACGUACCUUCUUUGAGUGAUGGCACUGUGUGGAUAUUUGAUUGUGGUGAAGGAGCACAAAUUCAGCUGCAGAAAUCUCCAGUUCGACCAAGUCGUAUUACCAAAAUUUUCAUCACACAUUUGCAUGGAGAUCAUUUAUUUGGCUUACCAGGACUGAUGUGCACACUGGCGAACAUGGUGCCUGACAGGAAUGACUUUACUUUGGAAAUAUAUGGACCACAGGGUCUGCGUAAAUUUAUUAGAGACACCCUGAUUCUUUCAAGAUCUGCUCUUACUUAUAACUAUGUUGUUCAUGAACUAAUUCCUAUAGCAGAGCAGUAUCCUGAAGAUUGGAAUACAUGGCCUGCAGAUAACCUUGCUACUGGGAGUCUUCAUCCGCAGGAAAAACAGGGGAAGGAUAUUACUGCUACCAAUGAUCUGACUUGGAAUGUGUUUGAUGGGCAGAAUGUUUGCGUGAAGGCAGGUGCACUAAUGCACAGCAUCCCAUCCUUUGGUUAUGUGAUCGCAGAACAAGAUGAACCAGGGAAGCUGGAUGCUGAGUAUCUCAAACAGCUAGGAGUUCCUCCAGGUCCAUUGUAUUCCCGUAUCAAGAACGGUGAAGCCAUUACCUUACCAUCUGGAAAAGCUCUAGACCCAUUGAAAGUAUUGGGUCCUCCAAAACGUGGCAGGAAAAUUACUAUUCUUGGUGACACGUCGGAUUCAUUCAGAAUGGUUGAUUUAGCACAGUCCAGUGAUAUUAUAUUACAUGAGGCAACGCUGGAAAACUCUAUGGAGGAGAAAGCUAUCGAUAUGGGUCAUUCAACCCCUAAAAUGGCUGCUCAGUAUGCUGAGAAAGUUGGUGCGCGAGUUCUAAUGCUUUAUCACUUUAGUCAACGUUAUAAGACGGUACUAGUGAAUGACACUGACUUGUGUGUGGAUACACUACUUAAGGAAGCUCAGCAUGAGUUGUCUACACGGAACUGUCCCUGUAAAGUGUUUCUUGCACAAGACUUGAUGGAGGUCUCUGUCCCCAGACCUAGCAGCUAGUUGUCUUUGUAAAUUAGUCUGAUUAUCAAGGUACAACUGAGUUAAUACGCAACUUUGCUGCAUUUUACAGCAAAGUGUGAACACCUAUUAAAGUGGCUCAUUCACCCCUGACAUUGUUUGGAUUUCAUCUGUGGUCAUAUUUGUCAUCUACACAUGAAUAUUCUUGAUCUAACAGAUAGAAUUUGGAUGAAAUGCUGGCUACUGGGCUGUGGAAAGUGGUUAAAGUAAUUUAUGAAACAACUUAGAGUACAAUGAACCUUAAAAUUUGACAGUUAUCUGUGCAUCAACCUGACACUGACAUAUAUUAAUCAAAGUUUUGAUAUUCUUCAAUAAAUUAUCUCAAAUUCUUAUUGUCACUGAUGCCAUUUUUAAUGAUUUCUUGCUUUAAUGAUUGGCCACAUAUAGUAGGAAACCUUUCCAAAAAAUAAGGUGUGGUGAGCAUGUUCAGAUCUGUACCACACAAAUUUGGUUAUGUUUGAUCUUUAUUAUGUCUCACUGAAAAUUUCUUAUGGACUGUGAGCAGGAUGCAAAUUAGACGAGACUAAAUUCUGCUUUACGUACAUUCAGACUGCGUGUCAAAAGUCACGCCCUCAGGCAAAUAUUGAUGUAUGACUGGGCCAGUUAAUUCAGUCAGUCAUUUAUAUGCAAUUCUAACAUUCAUUAGCUGUGUGUUGUGUAACGUAAUGGCCCCAUUCACAGUCUAUUGUUGUCAGUUUGCAAAAUAAAGGAAGUACCAAGCCAGUAUGUAUUACCCCUCUGAACGAUUCUGGUGAAUGGAAAGAUUUCUACCCACCUAUCAUGUGCAUUGCCUGUUAGUUCUCUGAACUGAUACUGAGUUUGUGAUAUGUUUGUUGUAUUUUUCAAACUCUCACAUCUUUUGCAAAUGUUCAUUUUAUUUUAUGACAGUGGAUGUACAUAUGUAAAGAGGAAUUAUUUUACUCUAAUUGAUGCUGUGUAAUCUAUAUUUAUUCUGUGGCUCCUGUAGUCCUUGAAUGACCUUGGCUCCUUGCAUGUGUGAAGUUUCUUAAGCCAUAGGCCUGUAUGUACACAGGACAGCACAACACAGGAAAACAAACAUUGUUACUUUGGACAUUGUCCUCUGUCUUGGUUAUUUGCUGAAAACCAUUGUUUUGCAGGUAAGGUAAGGAAAGAGAAAUGGGUUUUGAUCACAUGGGAGCAUUUAGCCAUCAUUCUUCUUACUAAGAGAUCUUUUAUAAAGAAAUGUGCCAGUACUUAAUGCGACUGACACAAUAAUGACGGCUGGGUUUAGGACACUUGUGCGCCUACAGUCAGCCAAUCAGCUUUAGUCAUUAAUGUUCUUUAACCUGAAAUGUAAGUUCUCAAGCAUAGAGACACAAAAUCUACCUGGUAAGUCUGAUAAACCAGUGGUUAUAGUUCACAAUGUAUUGACUGUUUGAUUUUGAAGUCCAGUUUGGAAGCUUCUUGCUAGUUGUCUGUUUAUUUAUUUCAACUGCACUAUGAUCUGGUCUUACAUUCUAAAAGGGAUGAAGAUUAUUUGGUAAUAAUGUGAAAGAAAAAGGCGUAAUGUUUCUUACUUGGAAUUAAACAUAAACUGUGUACA